AUGACCAGCAGCGCCUCCCGCGUCGUCUCCCUCACCAACCGCUGCGCCGACAGCAAAAGCCCCUACGUCCGCUCGCACGCCUCCAACCCCACCGCCUGGCAACUCUGGUCCCCCGAAACGCUCGCCCUCGCCAAACAAACGAACCGCCUGCUCUUCGUCAGCAUCGGGUACUCCGCCUGCCACUGGUGUCACGUGAUGGCGCACGAGUCGUUCGCCGACCCGCGCAUCGCGCAGCUGCUGAACGAGCACUUCAUCCCCGUCAAGAUCGAUCGGGAGGAGCGCCCGGACAUUGAUCGCCAGUAUAUGGACUUUCUGCAAGCGACGAGUGGGGGUGGGGGUUGGCCGUUGAACGUGUUUGUCACGCCGGAGUUGGAGCCGGUUUUUGGGGGCACGUAUUGGCCUGGGCCGGGGAGUGAGCGGGCGCGCAUGGGGACGGGGUUUGAGCAGAUACUGGUCAAGUUGGCGGAGGUGUGGAAGGAGCAGGAGGGGCGGGUGCGGGAGAAUGGGAAGCGGAUUAUUGAGCAAUUAAGGGAGUUUGCGCAAGAGGGGAAUCUGAGGGAGAAGGGACAAACGGAGGCGACGGAUGAGCUGGACUUGGAUCUGCUGGACGAGUCGUAUGUCUAUUGGAAGGGGAGGUUUGAUUCGAUUUACGGCGGGUUCAGUGCGGCGCCCAAAUUCCCGACGCCGACGCAUAUGGCGCAUUUGCUGCGUUUGGGCUCGUAUGCGCCUGAAGUGCGAGAGGUGGUGGGCGAGGAGGAGUGUGUGCAGGCUCGCGCCAUGGCCGUCCUGACGUUGGAGCGCAUGUGGAAGGGUGGAAUCAAGGACCAGCUGGGACAUGGCUUUGCGAGGUACUCCGUCACCAAGGAUUGGAGUCUGCCGCAUUUCGAGAAGAUGCUCUACGACAACGCCCAGCUUCUACCGCUCUAUCUCGAUGCCUGGCUGGCCACAAAAGCCGACUCUUUCCUCGAAGCAGCUCACGACGUCGCGAAAUAUAUGACUACUGAGCCUAUGCUGUCUUCUUUGGGAGGCAUCAAUGCUUCCGAAGACGCCGACUCCUACUCAACACCUAUCGACAAGCACAAAACAGAAGGCGCAUACUACGUCUGGACAAUGGACGAGUUCAAAGCCAUCCUAUCCGAGCAGGAAGUCGAGAUAUGCUCGAAAUACUGGGAUGUGCGACCCGACGGCAACAUCGAUCCGCGCUUCGACGCACAAGGCGAACUCGUCGGGCAAAACACUCUCUGCGUGAAAUACGAAAUCCCAGAUCUAGCGAAAGAGACCGGCCUCGGCGAGGACCAGGUCAAGCGCAUGAUCCAAGACGGCCGGCAGAAACUCCUCGCCCAUCGGGAGAAGAACCGACCCCGUCCCGCCCUCGACGACAAAAUUGUGACAGCCUGGAACGGGCUCGCAAUCGGCGGCCUCGCCCGCGCCGGCGCCGCCCUCUCCACCCCCUCCUACAUCUCCGCAGCAGAAAAAGCAGUCACCUGCAUCCAGCAACACCUCUUCGACUCCACAACCAACACCCUCCGCCGCGUCUACCGCGAAGGGCCGGGCGAAACACCGGGCUUCGCAGACGACUACGCCUUCCUCAUCUCGGGCCUCAUAGACCUGUACGAAGCGACGUUCAACGACGCCUGGCUCUCCUUCGCCGACACGCUGCAACAAGCGCAGCUGCGCCAAUUCUGGGACGCGGAGAAGCACGCCUUCUUCUCCACCCCCGCCAACCAACCCGACAUCCUCAUCCGCGCCAAAGACGGCAUGGACAACGCCGAGCCCAGCACCAACGGCGUCUCCGCCAGCAACCUCUUCCGCCUCGCUUCCCUCCUCAACGACGACAGCUACGCCACUCGCGCCAAGCAGACUGUCGCGACUUUCGAAGUCGAAAUCGGCCAGCACCCCGGUUUAUUCUCGGGAAUGAUGGGCGGCGUCGUGGCGGCCAAGUGUGGGGUGAAGGGCAUUACCGUUGUAGGCGACGGGCCGGCUGUGCAGGCUUUGCUGAGGGCUUGGAAGGCCAGUUUGACGCCUGGUUAUACGCUUUCGCGGGUGGGGGAUGGGGAGGGGAGCGCGUGGCUGAGGGGGCGGAAUGAGUUGCUGAAGGACUUGGAUGGGCGGCGGGAGAUGGUGCAGGUUUGCGAGGGGGGUGUUUGUCGGCUUUUGGGCGUGCAGGAUGUUGAGGGGUUGUUUGUGUGA